ACUGCUGCAGUGCGAGGCCCCGCCCCUCCUCGUCCACGGCAAAAUGGCGACAGAGAACUGUGAUGCUGUGAACAUGGACCCUGACAUGGACCUGCUUAGUGACGAAGAAUUAGAAAGGUACGGCAGUUUAAUGCUCUGUUGUCAGCGCCUCAAACACACCUUUAUCGAAGUCGUGUACCUGCAUGUUUCCUCUGAGGCUCUCAGUAUCCUAAAAUUCUCGUCUCAUUUCACAGCUAACCGCUCUCUGUUUGGCUAAGUCUGCCUCUGGUUAGCGCGCAGCUUGGUCGUCCUUUACUCAGCUAGCUCCUGUAUUGUUUUAUUUUAAUCAUUUUCAUUUUGCCCUCUAAAAUGAUUUUGACCAUCAAGCUUAAUGAAUGAAUCUGGUUGUUUCAUAUCGUGGUGAUAUUCCAAGUAUGGUAACUAAUGAGCUGACACCAUUCACUCAGUGUGUGGUCGUGAUGUUAAACAUGAACGGUUUCCAUAAAAAGUCCUGGCAGGACCCCUCAGCAUGGUGUCAUAUAUUCCUGGCUCUGCCCACUGACUGCUUCACAAAAUAGCACCGUGUUUGAUUGGAGUAGACACUCCUGUCCUGCUGGUUUGACUCUUUCUAUGUUUAGCAAACUCAGGCCAGGAAGCCCUUCGUGACCCCCUGACAGCCGCAGUCCUGGACAUGCCUUUGCUUUAAUCACCAAUAUAUAUGUGAAGUUCUAACUGAGGGGACAUAGAUACCUGCCGUGGCAUUAUGAACACAAUCUAAUACAGAUCAGCACAAAAGCUCCGAAUUUAACCCACCUCAGUGCAACACCACCCGCUACAUCCUCAAUAAUAUCUAUAAAGUGUCAUAGUCAUCUGUCUGAUUAUGUCAGAAGCCUCCUGAAGGGCAGAGCUGUUGUACUGGAUUGCAUUAGACUGCCCAAGUGUUAGUGAUAGUGAGUAAAGUUACAUCUGAGUGGCCUAAAAAUAGUAAACAAAACCGGUCUGGUCCCUCUCCAUGACUCAUAGGCAUUGUAAGAACCCUAAUACGUCUUGUCUUUUAAGUUACGUUUAACCUUUACUCUUUCUGCCCACCACACAGGGAAGCUGAGGGCUUCAAAGAACAAGGCAAUGCCUUUUAUGUCAAGAAGGACUACGCUGAAGCAUUCAACUACUACACUAAGGCCAUAGGUAGUGAUCUGUGAAGAAAUUUGCUUAUUUUUGUCCUGAUUCAGUAAUUUGACAAACUGAACAUUUUAAGUCUGUUCAUCCUUUAACUGUUUAUUUUUUUUCCAGACAUGUGUCCGAAGAAUGCGAGUUAUUAUGGAAACCGGGCAGCCACGCUUAUGAUGUUGUGUCGGUACAGAGAAGCUUUGGAGGAUUCCCAGCAAGCAGUCCGACUAGAUAACACUUUCAUGAAGGUAGGUGAAGGGAAACAAAAUAGUAUUUCCUGUUAACAGAGAAAAUCCAGACAGUUGGUGUAAAAUGAUUUCUUACCAUGUAGUUUAUUAAACACCAAGUAUAUACAAAUGCAAUAUUUGAUCAAUUAAAGAAACAACAGUUCUGUGUUAUAUUAACUUUGCCUCUUUUAUGCACAGGGCCAUCUGCGAGAGGGCAAAUGCCACCUGUCCCUUGGCAAUGCUAUGGCUGCCAGUCGCUGUUUACAGAGGGUUCUCGAACUGGAGCCUGACAACAGCCAAGCCCAGCAGGAGGUCAGAUAGCCUCACUUUGAUAGAGAAUGAUCUGACAACACGGACAGGAUUAUCCACUAUCAGAUUAGUUUUGGUGCAAAUUAAGUGAAAAGAUCUGACACUGAGCGGUUUAAGAGUAGAUCAAGCGGGGUUUCCAUCAAUUUGAAAUGAAGUUACUUAAAGGAAAAACUGCUGCUUGUGUUGUUUACAAUUUUUCACCACUACAUUUAGCACAGAGGAGAGGCUAGUGGUAGCCACAAGCAUUCAAAUGACAACCACGUGUCAUUCACAUUCAAUACUUCUGUUUCCUUUAAUAGCUGAAGAAUGCUGAAUCAAUCCUUGAAUAUGAGAGAAUGGCAGAGAUUGGAUUUGAGAAGAGAGACUUCAGGAUGGUAAGCUAAACAGUGGUUACACUAUAACUCUGGUAUCUGCUUUGUCACCAGCAACAGACAUGUAAAUCAGUUCAGACUUCAAGUGUCCUGUGGUUUUCCCCAGGUUGUCUUUUGCAUGGAUCGUGCCUUGGAGUCUGCCACAGCUUGUCAUAGGUUCAAGAUAUUGAAGGCAGAGUGCUUAGCCCUGUUGGGACGCUACCCGGAGGCUCAGUCUGUCGCCAGGUAAGAGAGCAGAUUUGAAAAAAAACUUUGAUUAACUUUAACAAUUAUUAGAAUUCAUCUAAUGAGUACAAGGUGAAAGCAGAGUGAGACGCAGGGAUGUGCAUGUGUCAUAACAUGCAUCACCAACAGAGUACAGCUCCUAUAAUGACAAAUGAGUAUGACAAAUGAGUAAAUCAUAUCCUAGAGCAGGGUCGGCAACCCGUGGCUCUCGAGCUGCAUGCGGCUCUUUCUUCCCUAAGCUGCGGCUACCUGUGGAUUUGGAUAAUAAAUAAUAAAUAUUUAAUUAAAAUUUAUUUUAUUUAGUUGUUUUUUUUUUUUAAUUCUAAAUUCAAACAUUAUAAUGUAAGUAACAUUAAAUAAACCAUCUUAAAUUUUUUUAUCGCUCAAAAUAUGUAUCAUAGCUGCCAACUUGGGAAAACCAAAAACCUGUGUGAAGAUGAAUGUGAUGUCACACCGUUUGGCUGUAGAGACACUGUGCGCUGAGGUUCAGGAGCAAAAGUCACAUUAAGCAAGUUAAUUUCACAUUUUAAUCUGCUAUUUUUUUGCAAAUAUACAUCUUACAUUGUUAAGUGAAAUUGUGUUUUUUAUUCAAUGCACACGCUUGUUGCGCGAUCAUCCUCUCUACUCCUCCAAGUGUGGCCUGCAUAGCAGGGCUCCGAGGGCGGAGCUUGCAGCUGUAAAAUAGAAAAUCUCCCUGCGUCUGAGACUACCGUUUGGGUCUGCCAGAGAUUCACAGCAAUUUGGAUGCAGAAAUACUCAGAAAUGCAAUUGCGCACUUAUAUUACUUAUAAUUUGUCCUGUAGCAUCAGGAAAAUGAUAUAUGAACAUGUAGACAACAAGAAUAACACAAUUUUCAUCAAAGUGGGUCUUCAAGGUUAUUUCAAACUGUUCAAAAUAUUUUUGUUUGCCUGCAGAGACAACAUUUCUUUUUCUCUGCAGCAGUUCAUUUAUUUCAUAAAUGCAACUCACUACAGUUUUUUAUAAACUUUGCAUAAAGGUAAAAAAAUGCAAUGUUAUCUUCAUUUUAGAUGUCAAAGGGGUUUUGUGGCUCCCUGUGUUUUUCUUUCUGUGGGAAACUGGUCCAAAUGGCUCUUUGAGUGUUCAAGAGCUUUGUAGAGUUUAGAAAAUGUCAUGUAAAAUAUUCAGUCAUCCUCUUAUUUGCUUCUUUUUAGUGAUAUUCUGCGAAUGGACUCCACCAAUGCAGACGCACUGUAUGUGCGUGGUCUCUGCCUGUACUACGAGGACUGCAUUGACAAGGCAGUCCAGUUCUUCGUCCAAGCCUUGCGUAUGGCACCUGACCAUGAAAAGGCUCGGCUCGCAUGCAGAGUGAGUAAUUCAUUUUACACUUGCAUCUGAAUUGAGGUUUCAUCCUUCAAAAGCGGUUGUCAAAUGAAACAGGAAAAUAUAAUAAUCCAAUACAGUGGUGUCCUCGAUUAUUUUAAGCCACGUUAAUCCAUCCAUUAGGACAGGCUAAAGUUAUUCUUGUGGUUCUCCCAUGCAUUGUCUUCUCAGAAUGCCAAAGCACUGAAAGCAAAGAAAGAAGAGGGCAACAAGGCGUUCAAGGAAGGAAACUUUGAUGCAGCUUAUGAGCUGUACUCUGAGGCACUAACAAUAGACCCCAACAACAUCAAGACCAAUGCCAAGCUGUACUGUAAUAGGGCCACUGUUGGAUCUAAGGUGAGUCACACACACAGAUUUUAGCUGACACGUAAACAAAUUAACAUCAAAUUAACAUCCUCCUUGACUGAAAGGGCCUGAGGGCAAAUAUGCUGGGUCUUUAAUUAACACGCUGAAAAUACUAGUACAGCUUAAGACUGAAGAUUGUUUAAUAUUGAGAUAUUAAAUGUUAUUAUGAAUAUUAGUUAAUACUGAAAGAGCAUUGAGUCUGAUAAAACACAGAGGAGAAAGAGAGAUCAUAAAGCAGCAAUUUAAUUUGAGAUCAUUCCUAGGCUUGCUGUUAAAUAAAUAAAUAAAUGUACUUGCAUCAACGACACCUCACUUUGUCACUUUUAAACCUGUGUAGGCACAGACUGUUAAAAGUGUGACUUGAAGGCUAGAAAUAUAUUGUAUUACCUUAAAAUGAUGUCAGCCUGUGUGAGGCUAGUCAUCACAGGUAAAUCACAUAAUUUUGUGAUUACACCCAUGGGUGCACAUUCAACCACAGCACAGAACUCAAAACCUGACAUUCCCUUCUCCCUUUCAAACAAGUUUGAGAUGCAGUAGUCGAAUCAUGUCCAUGCAAGACAGCAACUAGUGAUGUUUAAAUACGAUGUUCUGAAGAGUUGGCAGCUUUCAACUGCAUCUUUGUGGUUUAAUCAACUAUAUCAUGCAUUUGUCAUUCAUUUUAGGUGUAAGACAAGCAUGUUAUCAGGUUAAAAAAAAAUAUAUGUAGUUUGUACUAUUGUUAUGGAGAUGGAAGUCUCAGCGAUGCUCAGACUGAGUUGAGCCAUUCCAGCACAUAGCUGCAGAAAAAGCCCAGGAUUGACAAGAAGCAGUAUAAAUGAGCACACACACCUAACAUUGCAAUUAUUUAUGGACAUCCAAACUUAGGGAGGAGAGAAGGUGAGUUGACCCCAUGACAGAGCUGCUGUGAGCUUUCUCUGUAAAAAUUCACAUCAGCUUUAACACAAGGAGGUUACAGCACUCAUUAGUCUGUGAGCAUGUAGGCUCUAGACAUGAUCUUAUGGUGAAAUUCCACCAACUCUGUGUUUGGUUCUUUCUCACCACAGCAGGGAAACUGAAGUUUCACUCUAGUAAAUGAGUGUCCUUUCACUGGCUCUGCUGUGAGUUUCUGCUCCGUCCUGGUGCUCUCUAUAGCUGAUACAUGACUUCUAUUUUUGCUGGAUGCCAGAGCACAACGCAACAAUCGGCCAAGGCAGAUUGAGCAAGGACAGGAAGUCAGAUGAGGGAACACAGAGCCAAACCACAGCAGAGCAGAGAGGGGCUGCAAAUGGAUUGGGUGGAACUCAGGCUUAACCUUGUGGAAAUGUGACCAUUGGCUAGAACGAGCUCAGAUCAGCUCCAGAGUGCGUGGUGUUGACAGAACGUGGUGUACUGGUACCCCUAAAACUCACAGUAUUGAGUGUGCAGCGUUCUCUUGGUUGCACGCACUCCGAAGCUGAUCUGUGCCUAUUCUGGAUGAUGCUUGUGUUUUUGAGCGCAGUGCUGCAUCUCUCCUCCAUACCAGAGGCGUCUCUCUGCUCCACCCCUCUUGACAAAUGCAAAGUCUUUUUUCAGUGCAGCUGAACAGAGAAUAAGCAACUGGAUAGGGAGUGAAACAGGAAACAGUGUAUAGCUGCCCAGUAAAAAAAAAAACAAAAAAAAACACUACGUCCAGACUCCUGACCAGAAUCUGAGUCUGAAACACUGGAUACUAAGCAUGGUAACGCCUGCAAAAAGAAACUAUACUAUUGUUAGAUGAUUUUUUGUACAAACACGAUGCACAUGCUGUCUGUUAGUUUUAGAGUUAAUUCUCCUUAAGUGUCAUGAACAUCAUGAGCAUCUGCUUUGCUCAUUCUACCUUCUGUAUUGUCUUUGUUUCCAGCUGAAGAAACUAGAACAGGCCAUUGAAGACUGCACGAAGGCCAUCAAACUGGAUGAGACUUACAUCAAGGCCUAUUUAAGGCGAGCGCAGUGGUAAGUCCAAGCUGUCCAACUUGAUGUCUUUACACAGGUAGUUGGCAACAAGAUAUUUUAGUGUGUUAAAUAAAGGUAGUGCCAUCAUAUGUUCAUACAAAGCAGCGUUAGACUUUGAUAAAGAGAGAAAUAUAAAUCUGCGUAUUCUGUGCUGCAGCUACAUGGACACAGAGCAGUAUGAAGAGGCAGUGCGAGACUAUGAGAAGGUUUACCAGACAGAGAAAACAAAAGGUGAGGAGGCCAAGGCUCAGCAGACACAGUUUCUGGGAAACAUCUUUCACCCCCUGUUCUGUUUUAAUCGUUAUUUUUACUUUGAAUGUAUUUUCCAUCCCCUAGAACACAAACACCUCCUGAAAAACGCUCAGCUGGAGUUGAAGAAAAGCAAGCGGAAAGAUUACUACAAAGUGCUGGGGGUGGACAAGAACGCCACAGAGGACGAGAUCAAGAAAGCUUACCGCAAGCGUGCACUACUACAUCAUCCAGGUAACAAUGAUUUGACAUGAGUAUUUACGCAGACGUCUCUCACUCUACUAAACUCCUGUUUUGUUCUGUUUUCCUCUCCUCUCUUUUCUGACAGACCGUCACAGCAGCGCUAGCCCUGAGGUCCAAAAAGAGGAGGAGAAGAAGUUCAAGGAGGUAGGCGAGGCCUUCAGCGUACUCUCAGACCCAAAGAAGAAGUCUCGCUACGACAGCGGUCAGGAUCUGGAGGAUGACGGCAUGAACAUGGGAGGUCAGUACUUUUGACAAGCAUUGGGGUGGGAGGUCUCGAGGGUAAAAGAAGAUGCCAUGUCUGAGCUCAUUAACCCUUUGUUAGUGAGGAGAACCGAUGUUAACGCUGACUCUUAUUUUCUGUCCUCACUAGAUUUUGAUGCCAACAACAUAUUCAAAGCCUUCUUUGGAGGCCCUGGAGGUUUCAGUUUUGAAGGUAAUACAUGUAUACUUAUGCUGCGUUAGAGUUACCUUGGAAGUCAGAUGUCAGAGCUGAAAAUGACGUCACACCUGAGUUACCAGCGUUUGUGUUACCAAGUCGGAAAAAAGCUAAAUUGGAGGCGAAAACAAGAUGGCUCCAUCUACAAAGGUUAUUUUAGCGCUUGCCUUGUCUGAAUCAAACAAGGCAAGCGCUAAAAUAGCUUUCACGGAUGUAGCCAUCUUGUUUCCACCUCCAGAAGAAACGCUGGUAUCUCGGGUGUGACGUCAUUUUUAACCCCCGACAUCUGACAGCAGCAUAACACUGCUCCCUUUUUCUACUGUCAGCCUUUUUAAAUACCAUCCACUCUUGGUUGAGUUGCUGACAUAUAUGUAUAUAUUUUUUCUAUUACAGCGUCUGGACCGGGAAAUUUCUUCUUCCAGUUUGGUUAAUUUGAGGAUUUACCCUCCUAAAAGUUGCUACAUCAGGACUUUUCAACAAUGUCAACCCCCUGAACCACCAUCCAUAUUUAAUGACUGGCCGAUUGCAAGUCAAAAUCGUGUCUAUGCCAUUGACUGAAUGAAUGCAACCCAAUGACCACACGCAGCAAACCAUGUAUAGCUACGGCACCGAGACAGCUCUGAGUUGAUAGCGUUACUGGUUUUGGAUUUGGUUUUCUUCUUUGUAGGACAAAACAAACUUGAAAGUCAGUAAUGGCUCGCAACUGGUCCAAAUAUUCUCUUCUGUUUGAGAUAGAGGAGACUGUGCAGCUAUCGUAUCUGAGCUUUUAGGGAUCCAUGCAGGAAGUGGCAUCCUGGAGAAACUCUCGAGAUGCCACUUGGCAAGCUGUAACCUAGCUCGUCUCGACUUGAUGCUGAGGAGGUUUUCUCUGCAUGAAAGUCUGUCACUUGCUUGAUGAUUUCAGAUUAAAAUCACCGUGCAAGUGGCUCCCCUCUUUUUUUGAAGAAUCUCUCACCAGGAAAGUUGGCUGCUAUGAAUUAGCAUUGAAAACUGCAUCCAUAGAACAAGCAGAUAUGAUCCUUUUUUAUUAUUAUUUACAGCUGUAGCCUGAACCCACACAUACAGCCCAGCUGAAGCACAUGAAAUAGGCAGCAGUGGAGACAGCUGUGCUGGCUUUGUAGUCGGCAGAAUCCACUUUCCUCUUGUCACAAGUUUUAUGUUUGAUGUUGCCAUUCACGGAUUGCUGCAUUGUACAUUUUACUGGAAUGUAAAGUGUUGAUUUGUGAUGAUAGUUGAAUAUUUUUUCCAUUUUUUUAUUUUGAUAUGUAUAUUUAUUGUACAUUUGCUGUCUGAUAGAACCAUCGGUCAGAGAUGAGGACUCUUUUCUUUCACUCUCGGACUUAAAAGUACAGUAAUUGUUUUUCUUGCACUAUGAUGUUUGUGUGACUGUGAUUGAAGCGGUCUAAUUUUACUCAGUGCAACAGAUGGUCAUAAGAAUAGAACAAACUUGAUAUAUGAUACGUGUUUGCUGUUGUGGGAGAAGGUGAGGCACUGAGCAAUGAUGGAAAGUUUAAAUGUUAAGUUACUCCCCGGUGAGAGUGACGUCCCCCUGGUGCGCUCCAGAAAAGUGUCCUCAUCUUGACUCAUUGUUUUUAUCCCUCUCUGGUGAAAUAUCUUCUCUUUACCCCUGAAAAGUACCAGCCCUGUCAAUAAAGUUGGCCUCCUCCGGGUUUCCCCUA